UUGCACAAAGCCUAUAGCGGGGAGGAAACAGAAAGAUCCGAUCUUUUCUCUUCUCCUCGAGCUUGUGCUUUGAUCUCUGUUCCUCUAUCACGGAAGAGAUGACGAACAAUGCGAUGGUUCCGGAGGCGAUGCCGUCUAUCACGGUGGCGGCGGUGGCGAACUCUCCGUCCCUGCUUCCCUACCCGCCGCCGCGCAGUGGCGGGGCCUCUGCUGCCGCCAUCCGGAAGAAGUCCGUCUCCCCAGUCGAGCUCAACGGAGGCUUGACGAAGGGUUGGCUGGACUCGAUGAAAGCUUCCUCUCCUACUCAUGCCAAGGCGUCCACCGCUCUGGCCUCAGCCCCUGCCUAUGAACAUUCGGCAUCGAUUAUGCGGCACCCCUCCGCUUUGAUCGAGUUCGAACAGAUCAUGAGUGCCACCGACGGAAAGCAGAUCGUGAUCUUCUUGGACUACGACGGGACCCUCUCCCCUAUUGUCGAUGAUCCCGACUCCGCUUUCAUGUCCGACGCAAUGAGAGCUGCAGUGAAGGAAGUGGCGAGGUGCUUCCCCACGGCGAUCGUGAGCGGGCGAUGCCGAAGCAAGGUGUACGAUUUCGUGAGACUAACCGAACUAUGCUACGCUGGAAGCCAUGGCAUGGACAUCAAGGUUCCCAAGAGAUACACCAAGAAGAAACGACCUGUUCUCUUCCAACCAGCUAGCGAGUUCCUCCCCAUGAUAAAUGAGGUUCAUAGAGCGCUGCUGGAGGAGACCAAGUCCAUCCCUGGCGCCAAGGUGGAGAACAACAAGUUCUGCGUCUCCGUCCAUUACAGAUGUGUGGAUGAAAAGCGCUGGAGUGGGUUGCUAGAGCAGGUGUUGUCAGUGAUAAACGAAUACCCCAAAUUGCGGAUGACCCGAGGGAGAAUGGUGUGGGAGAUCCGCCCUACUAUCAAAUGGGAUAAGGGGAAGGCCUUGGAGUUCCUGUUAGAGUCACUCGGCUUUGCUGACUGCAAGAGGGCAGUGCCCCUUUAUAUCGGAGAUGAUUGCACCGACGAAGAUGCGUUCAAGGUUUUACGGGACAGAGGACAAGGGUUUGGAAUACUUGUUUCGAAGAAUCCUAAAGAGACAAACGCCUCUUAUUCCCUUGGAGAGCCUUCUGAGGUGAUGGAGUUCUUACUUCGCUUGGUGGAGUGGAAGAACCUCUCCUCGAAGGCUCGUCCAAAGGCGUAAACUGUAAGGAGCUCUCACGCUACCGCCCCCCCAUUGACUGUGAUCGGUGCUCAUGUUGUUUCUUGUUAAGAAGAAGAAGACAUAAAGACACCUACCCGCGUUUCAUUUUCCCUUCUCUUGGAGACCUUUUUUGGGCUCGAAAGCACUUCAAAAGAGAGUAGCUUUCUCGCCCCUGGAUGGAGCUAAGUUUUGCAUGUAGAAUCAUGUACAAUGCAGAAAGAAAUAACAGUUCUCCCCUUUGCAAGACCCAAUGUGCGUCCUGUUUAUCUGAGGUUGGAUAUCUUGGAAUUAGUUCAUGGAGAUGUGUGGCUUGCUUUCUUCCAACACAUCUAGCUGUUUCUUGCAAGCAAGAGAUUGGUACAUGAUAAUAGUUGUGCCAUGUUUG